AUGAUCUUUUCGGACCAAAGAAGCAUCAAAUUCGAAGGAAGAGAUUCUAAAUUUAGAAUCGUCUCAUUAGUCUUACUGGCUGUCGGAGUAAUCUUUCUCGUGGUGGGAAUUGUGCUAACCGUAAUUGCAUUAAAAGAGAAGGAUGAGAAAACGCACGAUUCAAACAUCGCAAAACGGGAGACUUCUCUGUCAGGUGGAUGCGACGGUUCAGAGGAAGCUAAACGAAUUGGCCUCGAUGAAUUCCUUAGUCGAGUUCAGGCAACAUAUUACGAACUUCAUCCUUACGAUGUGUUUCAAGACCCAGACGUAAAAACAGAGACAGUCAAGGCCGAAUACGUUGCUUACGAUCCAACACCAGCCGUCAUUAAAACCCGCACGGAUAAGUCUUUGGCUUUGCUGAAAGAAAUUACUGACAAAAAGAUCAAUGAAGACGCGUUAAAGUCCCGAGAAAGGAAGGCAAUUGCUCAAGUGAAGCAUUAUCUGCAGCAUAUAUUCGGUCAGCCUUAUGAUGUGAAUUAUUACGCAGGAGACUGGAUGUUGGGACCGAAUUUGUUUUGCUGGCAGGCAAUCUGCUACCAUGGAUAUGGUGUUUAUCAAGGCCUGGGAUCAUAUCACAAACCUUUCAAUGCAUCGGACGUGGAGCUCAUAGAAAAGAAACUCAAAACUCACAAAGCUGGUAUUUUACAAUACAUCGAGAACAUGAAGAUAGGAGUUCGCCGAGGAAUGGUCAGAAGUGUAGAAGAGUGCAAAGCUGGUAUUGACUCCAUCGAAUUGGUAUAUUCUGGCAUUUCUUUACACAACGCGACAGGUAUGAAGUUCAAAUAUUUAGACAGUUUUUAAUGAGUUCUUUUUAGCCUUUUUUUCAAUGGACCUUGGAUGAGACGAGAAGAGGUCAUUUAGUGCAUUAAUAAUAGUAAACUUUAUUCAAGUGUCGUGUAACUUGAAUAUUAAUUAAGGACCUUGCAUGAGAUGAUAAGAGGUCCAUAAGUGAAUUGAAGCAAAUAAUAUUAAGGAAAAAACGCAGAUAACAUUUAGAAAAAAAAGGCUCUUCUUGGAACGCAAAUCAAUUAGGCAAAUUCUUAUUCCUUUCAUUUCCUUCCUAGUUGAAGUUUCGCCGCGUGACGUGGCAAACUGAUUGGAGAAAAGUGAGAGAGACGUGCAUUUAAAGCGAACGGCGAUGGAUCAACAAAUUGCUAAUAAAUACUUUAUAGGAUGCUUUAAAAAAAAUGGGAAUACCUCAUCCUCUUUUGAGUUUAAGAGGCAAAACUGCAAACAAAUCAAGAACAUUAAUUGAAAAAGCUUUACCCAAGCGUGGCACCCACUUAACUAAGAGUGAAUUCGUAGAAUUCGUUCACGCUAAUGAGUUUAUCACUAAAUGCUAAUGUGAAAAACCCUAACACAUGGAACAUUUCUUAACAUUUAUUCGAAAACGUCUCGACCGCUGAAUUUUUCCCCGUGAAAAUUUCCAAACAACCGAUUCUGCAAAGGGUAAUGAUUUUCGUCGGGUGAUUGUGAGUGUAAAGUCAGAAAAAGCAGCAAAAGGGCAAGUGUAUUCAAAAGCACCUAUGUAUGCAUUUCCACGGAUUUUACAACUUAACUCUCAGCGAAACAAGAGUCACUAGGUCUCUCUAUUUGAAUUUUUCGUUUAAUUUGCGUGACUAUGAUUGCCAACGUUAGAAUUCACUGGCCUACCCUUGUCGUUAUGCGACGAUGCACAGGAAGCAUAACUCUCCCGAGGUUUGGUCGCCUUUCAGAUGAUCUGGUUGAGUUUUCUCCUCCCGAGAAAACAGGAUCAAAAAACGCCUUUGGAUGAGGAUCGAAUGAAAAUAAAAGAAAAUAAAUUAAAAGAGAACAGCCUUAUAUGUGCGGCGCGAUCGUGCUUGUGUUCAAAAAGCUCAAGACGUGGUGACUCUGUUCAGGAAAAUGGCUCUUCAUAUAAUUCGAAAAGAAAAGAAAUGGACAAUUUUACUUGUGUGUUUCCGUAUGUCUUCGUAUGUCACCCGUCCGUGGCCUUAUGUAUUUGUAUGUAUCCGAUUUGACUCGUGGUACUGAUGUAGUGUUUCAGCCAUGAUACACAGAAUAUUCCAGUUGUUUUGAACAGUCCAAUACAUUCCAACGUGAAUCACUCGUGCGUGCUCGACAGGUCACCAAAAUAUUACGCGCCUCGUGAACACAAAGGAAUAAGAUAUAUAUCCGAUUUGAUAUAUAUCCGAUGAAUCCGAUUUGACUCGUGGUACUGAUGUAGUGUUUCAGCCAUGAUACACAGAAUAUUCCAGUUGUUUUGAACGGUCCAAUACAUUCCAACGUGAAUCACUCGUGCGUGCUCGACAGGUCACCAAAAUAUUACGCGCCUCGUGAACACAAAGGAAUAAGAUAUAUAUCCAUUUGAUAUAUAUCCGAUGUAUCCGAUUUGACUCGUGGUACUGAUGUAGUGUUUCAGCCAUGAUAUACGGAAUAUUCCAGUUGUUUUGAACAGUCCAAUACAUUCCAACGUGAAUCACUCGUGCGUGCUCGACAGGUCACCAAAAUAUUACGUGCCUCGUGAACACAAAGGAAUAAGAUAUACAAAGCCACUGUUCGUGACUUUUUCCGCGCCGAGUUCAUAAGCUAACCAAGACGGCGACCGCAACGCAGGACGUGGCAAAACAAAUUAUCUUAUGAGCAAAACAAUGGCUCAGCACGUGCAUUUUUCAAAUUGGAACUCUGGGUCUAAAACCUGAUUCAUACCGCCACUCAGGGCCUGUUUACAUGGAGAUGGGAGACCCCAGGUAAGUGAGGUAACCCGCCUAGCCGUGGUCGAAAAAUAAAACGCGUUUACAUGCAAUCUUACAACCCCGGGGUGCUGGGGUGAGGUUUCUUGAGGUUGUUGUUGCACUUGCAAUCAAGGAGUUUGAGCAGAAGCGUCCCACGCUCACAUCUCGAGAAAGACGAAAGAGUAAUUCUCGGACACAUAUAUAUUUAUUCAUGAAAGCGUCACCCGUUGUGUUGCGCGGUGUCAGGUUACGCGAGGAACUGUUGACUUAAUAUGUUAUACGGAAUAGUUUGGGAAAACAAAUAUGGUCGAUUUAUGAUGCUAAAUAUUCCGAAAUGUGAACAUUUUACUCUCCUUGUGUGUCCGUUGCGGUUUCGGGUGAUUUCUGCCAUGAGACGGCUAGGAAAUGUACAAAGUUUUAAAACACACAUGUUUCGCUUUUGAGCUUUUUGCCAUUAACGCGGCCCCGGCUAGGCGGGUUACCCCACCUUGACACGUUUAGCUGGCAAAUUGUCACCCCGGCUGGCAGGGUUACCCUACCUGGCAGACCGGGCAACCCGCCUAAGCGGGUCACCCCACCUAUCAUGUAAACGUGAUCAAGAUAAAAUAAGAAAUUAUAUGGACAGGCGGGUUACCCCACUUAGGCGGGUUACCUCACCUACCUGGGGUCCCCCACCUCCACGUAAACAGGCCCUCAGUAGCAACAUGUACUUGACCAGAUGCGAGAACAACGAUUCCUGCUUUUCCAAAGUGACUGCUGUUCAUGCCUCCAUCACGAGUAAUAUCCUAAUUGAGCCUCAUUGUAGAGAAAUAAAUUCUGGGUUCGAAAUUUGCUUUUUGCAGGCGUGCUGAACGAGUGGUUCGUUCAACCCCUGCUGGAUCCACUAUAUUACAGUAAUAUCACAGAAGAGACCGACAAGAAAUGGAAGGCAGAACACAAAGGAAAGAGUGUCAGCGAAACCGUCAAAGAAUAUCUGGUGAAAUAUCUAGGAGAGCCGCUCGAACAGAUGUUGAGGUACUAA